CUCUGUCGUUUACGUUCGACCGAUCCUUCUUCCACCAUGGCGUCUGCGAGCAGCUCCGCACAGGCCGCCUUCGGGCUGGGCCGGAGGAAGAAGAACCCCGGCCUCCUGGACCAGAUCGGAAAGUUCUUUGGAGGCGACAAAAAGAGGAAGAGUAAGGGAUCUUUCCGAGGUGCUCUCUCUCCAGCUCCUCAGAAAGCCUCUACUUCUCCUCGGAAGCGUGGAGCUGAGAACGCUGUCGUCCAUUUCUUCCGUACGAUCGUGAGCCCGGCCCCGCCCAAGUCCAGGUGGAGAGGACUAGCAGCCAAGAUAGGCCUGGGUGACCAGAAGUCACAGUCAGCUAAAGCCAAGAAGGCCGGAGCAGGGGACGGAAAAGGAACCCUGACCAGGAUCUUCAAAAUGUGAUGAUCAGCUGAUCCGUGUGAGGAAGCAGGAGCGCUUCUCCCGCCAAACGCUGACGUCCCCCCCCCCCCACACCGCCGCCACCACCAUCACCCCCCCCCCCCUUCCAACAGCAUGAUGGCGGAUGUUCAACACCAACGGGGCUAAAGUGGGGACAAAGAGGAACAAAAGGAGAACAUCUUCGACCCGCCCCCCCCCCCCCCCCGACUCCAUCUCAUAACCCUCUAAUGUUUGCUAACCCCUCCCCUCCCCUCAUCCUCAUUGACCCCGCCCCCUCCCUCCCUAUUGGCUGGUAGAUAGCGACACAAUCUGUUGCCCCCCCCCCCCCCCCCCCUUUGCAUGAGUCUGUGCAGUCAUCAUGGGUGUGAACUGUUUUUGCCGAACGUGACCCUGAAGCCGCUCACAUGUGCAGCCUGAAUGACCCCUGACCUUUGACCCCUGCCCGCUGCCGCCGCUCUCUUUUUCUGUGCUUGAGUUCGUGUCGGUUCUCGUUUAACUAACGAAGGCGGGGUCGUACAGAAACCCGACCCGGACGGCGUGAAAGCUGAGGCCGGUUUGCCGAGUCCCGUUGACUCGACCGUUGCCGUCGUGGUUCGGUUCUGAGUAAAGACCGGGUCGGUUCUGUUCGGACGGAGCGGUUUUUUGUCUUGUCUGGUCGUCUGCGUCUCCUCGUUUACGUCCUGACUUUUAUUUAACACGUUUGACAUUAUUACGAAGGCCGCUAGAGUCCAAAUGUGUCGGACUGGGCCUCGUCGUUCUUAAGCGUCUCGUCUCUCUGUGUCGGUUCCGUUUGGUGUUUUUUGGCGUCAGGCUGGUUUUGUUUUUCAUGGUUUUCUAAAACUUCUAAGUAUUUUUUUUUUUGGUGAGAUUCACAGAAUAAAUAAAUAAAUGAAUAAAUAAAUAAAUAAAUAAAUAAAUGAGUCGUUUCUAAUCUUUGGUUUCUUUUCCAGCCUGGGAGAUAACGCCACGCUAGCCGUCUUCCCCGUUUCUGUGACUAAAACAUUUCCGUAGGUUUUAGAUUUCGCCAAAAACCUGUUUCGUGACGCUUCAUUCUAGUCUAGGUCACUCCAUUUUCUGCACAGCACGGAAAUAAAACGAAAAAAAAACCAAAACCGAACCAAGUGCCUUUUCUUGUCCGACCAAACCUCGGUGCUGUGUUUCAGAUUCAGACGGUGCUCUGUGACUAACCUCGUACUGACUCCAUGUUCUACGAUGUUUGUUGAGAAUGUUCAGGUUGAAAAUGUUCUAAAAAGUAAAGGAAAACUCCCAUCAUGCAUCUGUUUCAUUCACCACCACCCCCCCCGCCUUGUGACUGCUGUAAACGAGUGUUUUAUUGUGAAUGUGAAUGAAUGUACGUGUAAUAAACAUGACCAGCCACUUAACGGAAAAUAAAAAAAUAAAAAAUCAUAAAAGCUC